UAAACUGCUUCAUAUAAGUUCUUGUCUCUGGUUGGGUUUUUUUAGUAGUUUGAAGUGGAAGACAGACAUAGAGGCAGACAUCUUUAAUCCCAGCACUCAGGAGGUAGAGACAGGCAGAUCUCUGAGUUGAGGCCAGCCUGGUCUACAUAGGGAGUUCUAGGACAGUCAUGGCUACAUACAGAGACCCUGUCUCAAACAAACAAGUAAAAUAAAAAUAGAAGGCAUAAACCAGAGUUGUUCUGGCACAUUAGGCAGCAUGGUCUUAAACGACAGGAAAGAAAACUGAAGUUCCAAGUGGUGGGAAGUCAGCCUAACAGUAGGGGUAAGACUGGAGGCUGCCAAAAACAAGAACAAACAGAAGUCCCCUUCAGUCUCUCGGGGAGGGUCUGGAGAAGCAAGCGGUUUGUGCAAAGUGAUGGGCUCCUCAGUCUGCCAUAUCACCAGCCCCAUGGAUCCCAGGCCAUAGGUUCCAGCCUGGGCUAGGACAAGGUGUUCCCAGGGCCUUAGAUGUGGAUAUUGAGCAGAGAGAGGAAAAGGCUGUCUCGGCCCUCCUUUGGCCACCCUGCCAGAUCUGAGAGCCAAAUCUCACUAGUUUGUCCUCGUUCUCUUCCUUACACCCUUGAUUCCUGGACAGGGAACCGGCCUUUCUGCAAUAGAAGGUUUUUCUGUCCAAAAGGCUUUGGCACCCUGCCGCAAUAAAGAACCCUGGGUGCAUGGAGCGUGCCAAAGGACAAACAUCAGAGCCCUGUUGUGGUGAAAAAUACGACUCCAUUGCUCCCUAGUGGGCCUGCGUCCCUCUGGUGCCUCCUUAGAGGCCUCAGGGAAUCUUCAAGAGGACACAGGGACAACUCGGAGGCCGGUGACCCGGCCUUUUUAGUCCAGGGCGGGUCUCUGACUCAGCACGACUUGACUUGGCGCGUCCCAGGCCACAGUUGCUUCUUUUCAAGGUGAGGAUCCUGCUGUUCCAAGGACACUUCUCCAGUCCCUCGCAGUCCAGUGAUGAGCGAGAGCCACGCCAAGGCACAGAAGUGAACUCCCACGCUGGUGUGUGUGAAGAGGUGGCAUUCCUGUCACCCACAGAGGUCUCCUGCGAGCACGGAUUUGAAUAAGUGUCGCGUCCGCCAGCCAGAGCUCAGACUGGCACUGUGGAACAACGGACACCACCCCCGGGCUAGGCCUGGCACGACGCGGACAUUGAAGCCAGGGUCAACCCCUUAGAGACCUUGCUCUCCCGACGCGGCCCCUCCCUGUUGCUCACCCUCCCACGUGGGGCUGAGAAAAUCGGAGCUCCGGACUUGCUGCAGGCAAGUUGCACAGCAGAUUCUAGCUGGAGGCCCAGCGUGGAACCCAGCUGGAGGCGGAGCCGACCCGGGAGCACCGCCUCUCUCGGUAAAUGCACUAGCCUCUAGGUAGGUGUCUCGCCCGCACAGGGGGUGUGGUCCCGAGAACUCGGCUUUCCCCAGCUCCGCGCCAGCUCCUGGGAGAUUUUGCAGCACCUGCAGCCCGCUUGCAUUCAGCCACACCGGGAAGGCCCCGGCCGGGAGCCUCAAUCUUCCGAUCCUCUUUUACCCUCUCCUGCAAAUUGUGAAGGAAAGGUUGGGAGCAUGCGGGACUACGACGAGGUGACCGCCUUCCUAGGAGACUGGGGCCCCUUCCAGCGCCUCAUCUUCUUCCUUCUCAGCGCCAGCAUUAUCCCCAAUGGCUUCAAUGGGAUGUCAGUCGUGUUCCUGGCAGGGUCACCGGAGCACCGUUGCCUUGUGCCGGACACUGUGAACCUGAGCAGCUCGUGGCGCAACCACAGCAUCCCGUUGGAGACGAAGGACGGACGACAGGUGCCUCAGAGCUGCCGCCGCUACCGACUGGCUACUAUCGCCAACUUCUCUGCGCUGGGACUGGAACCAGGACUGGAUGUGGACUUGGGGCAGCUGGAGCAGGAGAGCUGCCUGGAUGGCUGGGAGUACAGCAAUGACGUCUUCUUGUCUACCAUCGUGACCGAGUGGAAUCUGGUGUGUGAGGAUGACUGGAAGACACCCCUCACCACCUCCCUGUUCUUCGUAGGCGUUCUCUGCGGUUCCUUCGUGUCUGGGCAGCUGUCAGACAGGUUUGGCAGGAAGAAAGUCCUCUUUGCGACCAUGGCUGUGCAGACUGGAUUCAGCUUCGUGCAGAUUUUCUCCACCAGCUGGGAGAUGUUCACUGUGUUAUUCAUCAUUGUGGGCAUGGGCCAGAUCUCCAACUACGUGGUGGCCUUCAUACUAGGAGUCUGCACAUUUUUUGCAAUCGGCUACAUGGUGCUGCCUCUGUUUGCGUACUUCAUCCGAGACUGGCGAAUGCUGCUGCUGGCACUGACACUUCCUGGGGUGCUGUGUGUCCCCCUGUGGUGGUUUAUUCCUGAAUCUCCCCGGUGGCUGAUAUCCCAGAGAAGAUUUGAAGAGGCAGAACAGAUCAUCCAGAAAGCCGCAAAGAUGAACAACAUCGUGGCCCCGGCAGUGAUAUUCGAUCCUCUGGAGCUACAGGAGCUAAAUUCCUUGAAGCAGCAGAAAGUCUUCAUUCUGGACCUGUUCAAGACUCGGAAUAUUGCCACAAUAACAGUGAUGUCCGUGAUGCUGUGGAUGCUAACCUCAGUGGGUUACUUUGCUCUGUCUCUCAAUGUUCCUAAUUUACAUGGAGAUGUCUACCUGAAUUGCUUCCUCUCUGGCCUGAUUGAAGUUCCAGCCUACUUCACAGCCUGGCUGCUGCUCCGAACCCUGCCUCGGAGAUACAUCAUCGCUGGAGUGCUGUUCUGGGGAGGAGGUGUGCUUCUCUUGAUCCAAGUGGUACCUGAAGACUAUAGCUUCGUGUCCGUCGCCCUGGUGAUGCUGGGGAAAUUUGGGGUCACCUCUGCCUUCUCCAUGCUGUACGUCUUCACGGCAGAGCUCUACCCGACCCUGGUCAGGAACAUGGCCGUGGGCAUCACCUCCAUGGCCUCUCGGGUGGGCAGCAUCAUCGCUCCCUAUUUUGUUUACCUGGGGGCCUAUAACAGACUCCUGCCCUACAUUCUCAUGGGCAGUCUGACCGUCCUGAUUGGAAUCAUCACGCUUUUUUUCCCUGAAAGUUUUGGAGUGGCUCUUCCAGAGAACUUAGACCAGAUGCAGAAAGUGAGGGGGUAAGUAGCAAAAGGAUUGGAAGAAUAAACGUGGGAGAAUAUCGAACAUGGUCUGGAAAAGAGGAGCUCUGAGUGGAGAUUAGCGAAGGGGCACUGAGGAAUAUUGGCAUGGCAACGGUGGAGGGAUAGAGACCAGUGGAGCAGGAGAGAAUGAAGCCCAAGAAAAUAAAAGGUCGGGCCUCGUUAUAUAGUGUAUAUAUAAGUAUACAUAUAUAAUAUAUGAGAAGAUUGUAAAUGUUAAGACAGCUAGUGUUCUUAUUAGUAUAUUAGUAUAUUGCUUCACACCAAAGAUUGUGUGUAUCGAGCUGUUUCUAAAAGAUGUUUAUUUUCCUUAAGAGUUAAAAAAAAAAAAAAAACAGUCAUUGCAUUCAGAAAAAAAGUCAAUAAAGAUACCACAAUUGUUUGGGAAAAAAUAAAAGAAUUCAGAAUAUGAUUUAAAGCAAACUAACCAACCACAUAUCAACUUAAAAUCCUUUGGGAAGAACAGGGCACACACCUGUAGUCCAAGCUUCAAGGGAAGGAUAAGGUAGGAGGGUCACAUGAAUACAGGAGUUCAAGACCAGCAUGGAUCAAAUGAUGAACCCCCUCAGUGUUCAUUCAUCCAUAUAUACAUGCAUACAUACAUAUGUAAAAAUAAUCAGAAUUUUUUAAGAAAAAAU